UUUUUAUAAUUUUUGUCCAUUCAUCCUUCCAUUAAUUAAACAUGUAAUUAAAAUUUACGUAAAAGCUAAUAUCGCCCGUAGAAGGAAUACCAUUUUAUAUUUUCUAUCGAACUUAUCUUACAAAGUUGCAAACACCGAUAAAAUGUGUACUUUAUUGCAGUUUGUAAAAAAUUAAAAAUUGAUUUUAAUGUCGCGAAGUGUAUAUUAUUUUAUUCCUUUAACUAUGUAUGAUUUAUUCGAAGUUAAAUAUCAUAGAAGUUUAUAAAAGGAAGUAGUUGCUAACAGUAGUGAUAAAACAAUUCUAAGGCUUGGAGCACGUCACGUAGGUUACACGAAUAAUGUAUCCCGGAGUUCUUGAGAAAAAUUCUUGCGACUGAUCAAAAACAAUCCAUAAUGCCGGUUUAAUUAACUGAUGCCCGAAUCAAUAAAUGCAUCUGCGGACGAUAGUAUAAAAGUAAAAUCAUUCUGAUCGAAAUAAAUGUACCGAUAAAUUAUGGAAGCUUGUAAAGAUUUGAAAGCAAAGUAUGAUCGGUGUUUCAACGAAUGGUUCUCGGAAAAGUUUUUGCACGGCAUUUACGAUGAUAGCGAAUGUGCAGAUUUACUUAAACUUUAUACCAAAUGUGUAGCGCAAGCGAUGAAAGAUCAAAAUAUAAAUCUGGAUGAGGUGAAUAUAGCUCACCUGGGUACAGAGCAUGAGAAAAAAAACUGAGAAUUGACAACUACUCUUCUAAUAGAACAUUAUUUCCAUUUUUUGUUAUAAAAAUGUGCUGUAUAUAUUUAAAUAAAUAUUAAUUAUCGUGCAACUUA